CAAGACCGACUUUUUGUGAUCAAUCGUGUAAUUUGUUCUAUUAUUAGUUUAGUCUAGAAGUGCAUCUAACGGAACGAACAAUAAAAAAGCAGCCAAAACAUGUUCGGUUUUCGAAAAAUUUUUCUUGUCUUAGUUUUGGUUGUCUUUGAGUCGCUAGCCUUACAGUUGCAGAAAAACAAUAAGUGCGACAUCCCUUUAUCAGCACCGAAGCGAAUCGAAGAGGUGAUAAACACUUGCCAGGAUGAAAUUAAAAUUGCUAUUUUAUCAGAAGCUCUUGAAGCCUUCAAAGUAAAUGAGCAUAAAGUGGUGAGCAGAGCAAAGCGGUCGGCUUUCAACGAAGAUGAGAAGAAAAUCGCUGGGUGCCUCUUGCAAUGCGUUUAUCGCAAAUUAAACGCCGUCAAUGAAUACGGAUUUCCCACUGUGGAAGGACUGGUUUCUUUAUACACUGAGGGAGUUACUCAGAAGGAGUAUGUCGUAGCCACUCGGCAGGCUGUGACCAAAUGCUUGGAAAAUGCUCAGAAAACUCAUGAGAUUAGUACAAAAACUGUCGAAGCAUCCAAAUCAUGUGAAGUGGCUUACGAAGUCUUCGACUGUGUUUCCUUGGAAGUUGCAAAGUACUGCGGACAAACACCUUGAGCUGGAAAAACGAUUAAAUGCCUAUUAGUAUUGGAUUUUGAUAAAUGCAACAAAAGGAUGUAUUAUAAUUUCAUUUCCGUGUAUGCCUUAUAAAUUAAGAACUUAGUUUUUUAUACAAUUUGAGCGUCUAGUCCCAAGUACCUAUUAGUCUAAACAGCGCCUUGAUUCUAAUAAAAUGAAUUCUAGUCUA